AUGGAACAAAUGAUGAAAAGCUUGACGGAUGCUAUUCGGUUAUUAUUACCUAUGAACUCGUCACCAAGUAUACAACAUCAGACAAUAACUGAGCGUACACUAGCGAGUGGAAAACGUCUGAGACCCGACACCUCACCGGAAAACAAUUAUUUCUACAUGACAAAUGAUAUUCGAGAAGCAGCCAACAAAAUAGCAUUUGUAAAUCAAGCUAAAAUUAUUAAACAAGAGAAGGUUCGUUUAUGGACAGCUCGUAAAAAUCAACAUAAAACAACAUUCCAUCGAGCGCUACGUUCUUAA